AAAGGACUUUUUCUUCCUUCUGUGCCCAAAUUCGCUCCAAUGCAACCAUCUCUCCUUCUUACUAAUCAAACCAUAAAAUGAAAAAACAAAAACUAAAAUCUGGAGAGAGAGAUACCAUGACUGACUGACAUCUAAGAAAAAUGUGGCCAUAAGGACACCUUCAAGACCCUACCUUUCCUCAAUUCUCUCUUCAUUUUCUGCUCAAUUUGGCUACAUUUCGGUCACCACUAAAAAAGUGAAAUUCUAUUGCUUUCUUUGUCGGUUUGGUGAGCGAUCACUAGUCAUCAAAACCCCUUUCUGUUUAUUGAUUUUUAUUUUUCAUCUCAAAAUCUCAAAUUUUAUUCACUCUUGUCUUAAAGUUGAGAGCUUCACUGAAACCCUUUUGUUGAUGAUGGUUUUUUAAUCAAGUUUGUGUCCCAAGAUCUUGCAUUUCAUUCUGUUUUGGGUUUGAGAAGUGAAUUUUGAUCUAAUUUAUUGUUGAAUUGCGCUCAAUUUUGCAGGUUAAGCUGUUGGCUUUGGAGAAUUUGUCUGAUUAAAUUUUUGGGAGUUUGUGUGAGAAUAUUUUCUCUUCUGAUGUUUUAUUUCCAAUCAUUGUAUCGAAAACAUAAUUGGAAAAUCUCACUUGGACCCCCUUUCUUGUAUUCUAUCCCCUCUAUUUUUCUUCCCUCUGAUGUUGUUUUCUUCAUAUGUUGCUUUAAUUACAAUAGAUUUCGCCUAAAAAUUUGAUACAUUUUCGCUGAUUUAUCGGCCCUGUUUGAGCUUGGUCUUGUUGAAUUGAGGUCGAUUGUUAUCAAUUUUGGAGAACAAGUGUUGGAUUCUGAGGGUAAAGGAUUGGUGGUGUGGUGUGAAAACUGAGGAACUUGAUAUAAAUGGCCGAUAAGAAUAGAUCGGUUUCCAUCGAGGAUUUGCCAUCACAUUUGAUUUUUGAGAUACUGACCACUGGUAGGCUCAGUGCGGUUGACCUCGCGUGUUUAGAGUUGACUUCUAGGACAUUCGGAGGGAGUCAUGGGUUGUACCCUCAAAAGUUUAGGUCGCUGGUGGACUUUGCAGCGUAUCAGCUGUGUGUGUCUCAUGGAGUGUAUAGUGGGAUGGGCUGGAAUGCUCAGAAAGGGUUGUUUGGUCGAUGUGAAGGGAAUUGGAAGCGGGUUUUGAGGUUCUUGCAAGCCGUGGAGGAAUCGUCAGGCAUGGUCAAGACCUCAGCAUCCAAUAUGCAGGUCACAACCGGAAGAUAUCACACAUUGCUGAUCAGAGAUUCAUCUGUAUAUUCUUGUGGUUCCAGUUUGUGUGGCGUUCUUGGACAUGGUGCUGAAACAACACAAUGUGUAGCAUUCACACGGAUUAGAUUCCCAUCUUUGGCUUAUGUGAUCCAAGUCUCAGCCUCCCAUAAUCAUGCUGCUUUUGUUUUGCAGUCCGGAGAGGUUUUCACAUGCGGUGAUAAUUCAUCAUUUUGCUGCGGCCACAACGAUACUAAUCGCCCCAUAUUUAGGCCUAGGCUUGUUGAGGCACUGAAGGGAGUUCCAUGCAAGCAGGUUGCUGUUGGCCUUAACUUUACAGUGUUCCUCACAAGACAAGGCCAGCUUUAUACUUGUGGGACGAACACACAUGGGCAACUUGGUCAUGGUGACACGCUAGACAGACCAACACCCAAAAUAAUUGAACUGCUCGAGGGAGUUGGUUCUGUGGUUCAAAUAGCUGCUGGUCCCAGUUAUGUUUUAGCUGUAACUGACAACGGUGUAGUUUACUCUUUUGGUUCUGGUUCUAAUAUUUGUCUUGGUCAUGGAGAGCAACAUGAUGAGUUCCGGCCACGUGCAAUCCAGACAUUUAAAAGAAAGGAUAUUCAUGUGGUCCACGUGUCUGCUGGUGAUGAGCAUGCAGUGGCACUUGAUUCAAGUGGAUUUGUCUAUAGUUGGGGAAAAGGUUACUGUGGAGCAUUAGGCCACGGCGAUGAGAUUGAUAAGACUCUUCCUGCUCUUGUGAACUGCCUUAAGAGCCACCUUGCUGUGCAGGUUUGUGCAAGAAAAAGGAAAACAUUUGUUCUGGUUGAUGGGGGUUCUGUUUAUGGCUUUGGGUGGAUGGGAUUUGGUAGCCUCGGCUUUCCUGAUAGGGGUGUAUCUGAUAAAGUGAUGAGACCUCGAGUCCUUGAUAGCUUAAGAGCUCGUCAUGUUUCUCAGAUCAGCACAGGCCUCUACCACACUGUUGUGGUUACUAACCAGGGCCAAAUGUUUGGAUUUGGAGAUAAUGAAAGAGCACAACUUGGGCAUGACACAUUGAGGGGAUGCCUACAGCCGACUGAAAUCUUUGUUCAAGAAACAGCAGAUGCUACAGGUCUUGCUUCGGAAGGCAAAUGAAGAUCAAGUUUAGACACCCUUCUCUGCUCUGUGGAUGCCACUGUUAUAUCAGAAGCGUCCACAGCUACUCAACUCAACCGAGUUAAUAUUCGCACACCAGAUUGAGUUGUCUCAUAUUUUUGAAAACUUGAUUGUAAAUUUCUUUAGUAGUAACGAUUGUAAUGUAAUUCAUGAAAUUGCUUAUAGUCUAUAGACAUAUUUUUUCCACUUUUCCUUCGCAAGUUUAUUUGCCAUUGCUGUCUGAAAGAGCACGAUCCACUCAUAGGUUCUUUUGAAUGUAAACAGCAGACCUCUCUUCUAUUCGUAAUCUUUGAAAAUUCGAUCACCAUUCUUCA